GAUGAUUGUUCUUGUCCUUUCCACCCCGCCUCAAAUUUCUUUUACGUACAGUGUACAGCCGCCCUACAAGGAGGGAAUCCCAAAACGGUUUUUGCGCUUAGCAACAAGCGUAGAGAUAGAAAUUUAACUCUCACUUCUCAGUUCCCAAUCCUCUUCUCCCUCGAUAGAUGAAAAAUAAUGUUUGAUCGCAACUUCUUUCAAUAAGUUACCAGCAGAGAUGGAUUUCUGGUUAGGAAAUUGAACUGUGGAGGCCUCUCCUGUUUCAAGUAGAAAUUCCACUGCUUCUUAGUAGUAGUUGAGCUCUCAACCUCUUGAUCGUUGUUUUCGGUACUCUUUUGGUGGUUGUCGUGGUUGGGUCGCUACCUUCCAAUUUGACUUCUUUUCAAGCAACCUAACUCCCUCUCUCUCCGUCUCUGUCUACAAUUUUAUUCUAAAUACCCUAUCAGCUAAGCUGUUUCGUGGAGGAGAAGGCUUGGAACUGAUUUUGAAAUGGGCGCCUUGAAAAGAUUGGAUCUUUGGUGUGUGGGGAGAGGAAGUUGUGAUAUUUUGCUGAGAAUUUCGUGUGUUUUGUAUUUUGCCUUUUGUCUCUUCUGCCCGGCGAUUGCCCUCAGACCUUUAAGGGAGAGGUAUCAGUCUUGGGGUGACGAGUGGCUCUUCGUCAGGAAGGAUGACAAUCAAAUGGGCCCAUUUUCUGCUUGGAAUGUCACAGGAACAUAUAGAGGGUCUUGGAGGUUCCUAGAUUCAGCAAAUACAACUACUAAGUUUCCUGACUUUAGGAAAUCUAACGGCAAUACUGUCCUUGAAUUGAUAAGUACUCCAACAAAAAUAACAGGCGUACACUAUAUUCAGGGGGUGAUGGUUUUCCAUGAUGUUUUUGACAAUGAACAUGAAGCUACUGGUGCUCAAAUCCGUGUAGAAGGUGUAUACAUAUGGCCCUUCAGACAACUCCGAAUGGUAGCUUACAGUGGCAAAGAGGGUGAGUUUAGCCAUGAAGAUGAGUAUCUCUUGUCAAAUCCUUAUCACCUGCUUGGAGUAUUUUCGUCCCAGGUGUUUCAGGAGUCUCCUCGUGACAAAGUUUGGAAAAGGAAACACUCACCGAUUUAUGAAAUGGAAAAGCAUUGUAACAUUGAAAUUGCCGCACAUGUUUCCCGAGUCUCAUCCACCCAAAAUGAUGGAGAUCAUGAUAGAUUUCAUUUAGAAGGAUUAAUGGAAAGUCCUUCAGUAAAUGAUGAUGGAGAUUGCUUCUCUCCAAUCCUAUUGAAUGCUUCUUCUAUCAAUGUUGAGGUUUACUACAACAAAGCAGUUAACUACACAUUGAUGGUUACCUUUGUCUCAUUCCUUCAAGUUUUAUUACUGAUCAGACAAAUGGAACACAGUAACACCCAAUCAGGGGCUGCCAAAGUUUCAAUUUUGAUGAUUGGGCAACAAGCUAUCAUGGAUGCUUAUUUAUGCCUUUUGCAUCUGACUGCUGGGAUACUGGUUGAGUCCCUCUUCAAUGCUUUCGCGACUGCUGCAUUCUUCAAGUUUGUGGUUUUCUCGAUUUUUGAGAUGCGAUACCUUCUUGCAAUCUGGAAAGCAAGAAGACCCAUGAAUAGUGGAGAGGGUUGGGAAGCAAUGAGACGUGAACUCUCAGUUCUAUACAGUCGUUUCUAUGGCAUACUUUUGGGUGGCAUAUUGGUCAUGUAUGAAUUUCAUAAUUUUCUACGGACAAUUCUUCUCCUUUUGCACUCUUUUUGGAUACCUCAAAUUUUAACUAAUAUCAUUCGUGACUCGAGAAAACCGCUGCAUCCUCAUUAUAUCUUAGGAAUGACUAUUACUCGGCUAGCAAUUCCAUUGUAUGUCUUUGGCUGUCCUCACAACUUCAUGCGCAUAGAGACAGAUAAGAAAUGGUGUGUUUUCUUGGGCAUGUUUAUGGGUAUUCAAGCCUCUAUUCUCCUUCUGCAGCACUAUCUUGGAUCUAGGUGCUUCAUUCCUCGUCAGAUUUUGCCAGAGAAGUAUAGCUAUUAUAGAAAGUUUGAUCCGGAUAAAGUCCAACCUAUUGACUGUGUUAUAUGCAUGACUUCCAUUGACCUAAGUCUGCGUUCCAACGAUUGCAUGGUGACUCCGUGUGAUCAUUUCUUUCAUUUGGGCUGUUUACAAAGAUGGAUGGACAUAAAGAUGGAGUGCCCCACUUGCCGACGAUCGCUUCCUCCGGUAUAAGCCGAUUGUAUUGUUUAUAUGUUUAUAUGUAUUACGGAGUAAUACAGCUCUGCUGAAACAAUGGCAACCCUAGUAGGAAAGGUAUAAUGUGAUUAUGCUGAAGUCGGCUCUCGUUUAGAAACCCAAACUAACGUAGGAGAUUGCAAUCUUCAAUGUACACCAUACUCAUGAAGAAGAGUUCAUCAACAGCAUUGCUUCUCUUUGUAAAUUUUAGUACUUCAUUCACAAAUAUUCGAUUUACCCCUGAGAAGAGAACGUGACUUCUGAAAUGCCAUCAAGAAUGGCUAUAGAUUCUUGGUGUUCACAAGCCAUAGUGUACAUGCACUCUCAAGGAUUAAUAAUAAAAAGCUCAAAAUAUUUGCGCUUUAAGCUCCUUUGGUUUUUUUUUUAUCUUACAUUUCAGUCUCUAUAUACAUUUCAAAUGCAAUUAACUAUGCACGAACUGGGUUAAUUGAAUUGUAAAAAAAGGGUUAAUUGAAUUGUAAUAGACAGUAUAAAUGAGUAGUAAUUUCUCCACGAUGAAAAUCGUUAUUUUAUGUGAUUUAUUAGGUAUAAAUUGUAUAAUACUCCCUCC